AUGAAGAGCCUAUUAAAACUUUGGAUUAUUGGAAAAACUUAUAUUUAGAAUCAAUAAACUCAAAAGACCCAGAAAAUGUUCCUAUUUUUGUCAUUUAGAAUAAUUUUGUUGAGAAUAAUGAAAUAAUAAAAAGUUAACUUGUUGAAUAGUGGUGUAAAUAAAAUAGAGUUAAAUAAUUGUUCGAAGUAUCUGCAAAAGACAAUUUGGUUAUUAAUGAAACAUUCAUAGAGAUUGCAAAGAUCUUAUUCAAAUAAAAAUAAAAUAUAAUGAACAAGGCCAAUCAUGCAAUUAAUUAAAUAGAUGAUUCAUAGAAUGUAUUAUCAUCUGAAUAUACAAUUGUGAAAUCAUAAUUAAAAUGCAAUAUGUAAGAAAAAAAUAAUUCUAUUAAAUGUUAUAAUUAGCAUGAUAGCCCACCAAUAAUAGUACUACUUGAUGAUAAUCUUAAAGGUAUUUAAAGAUUAGUUUGUUCUUAAUGCAUAAAUGAUAUAAGAGGAAAAUUUAAUGGAAUUAAUAUUGAUGAAGCUAUUUUAACAAUUGAAGACAGGAAGAAUAAUUUCCUUAAUCAAAUAUCGGAUUUUAAUCAAAAAAUUAUAAACAGUUUAAAUUAUUACAUUGGCAAAAUUGUGUAAAAUAAAAAUGAAAUUAUAUAAACAAUGGAUUAAAUGAUAAGUUAAGUUAAAGAUUGGAUAGAUGAUAUAUAAUAAUUUGAGUUUAAGUAAUGCUCUUACAAUUUUUUAGAUGAAAUAGAUUACUUAAAUCAGUCUAUUGAAAAAAUAAAAGAUAAAUAAAUUGAUGAAUUUAAAAAAGUUAUUUACUCUAUUAACUAAUCUUAUGAAACAAAAAUCUAGCCUAAAAAAUAAUUAUUAAAUGAGUAAUUGCUUAGUGCUUAAAAUACUUUAAGAUUACAAUCAUCUAAUGUUUCAAUUAAGCGAUUAAAUUCAGAAGUAGUAAAAGAUUAUCUAGAAACAAAAACAUAUAACUAAAUAUAAUACAAAUUAGUUUAAGAAGUUAAACAAAAAGAAUGGUGCCAUGCAUUAGCAUUUAAUUAUAAUGAAUCCAUAAUGGCGGGUAGUUUUGAUAAAAGCAUUAAAAUAUGGAGUUUUUAAUAAGGAUAAUUGUAGGAUAAAAAUAUAAUCUUAGAUGGUCAUGAAAAGCUUAUUAAAUGUAUAGUAUUCAGUAGAAAAAAUAAUUGGUUUUUCUCUGGAAGUGAAGAUCACACAAUUAGAAGCUGGAAAGAAAAAUAGAGUUGGUUUCUUUCUAGUAAAUGGGAGAGUGUUAAAGCUAAUAAAGCACAUUCAAACUAGGUAAUUUAAUUAAUAUUAAAUGAAUAAGAAAAUGAAUUGAUAUCAUGUAGUGUAGAUAAGACAAUUAAGAUUUGGAGAGUUUUUUAUGAUUCAAAUUCAAUAAAAUUUUUAGAUUCUCUUGAAAAACAUUAACAAUAAAUAUUAUCAAUUAGUUUAAAUUAAUCUCAAAAAUAAUUAAUUUCUUGGGGUGAAGACAAAUAAGUAAUUUUAUGGGAAAAGAAUUAAUAAUUCAAAUGGUAAUUUAAAAAUAUCAUCCUUUUAUCAAUUCAAGAAAUAAAUAGAGGGGCUAGAUUUCUUAUGGAUAAUUAGAUUAUAUGUAAAACAUCUUAAGGAUAGCUACAAAAUUAUGUAUAAGAAAAUUAUAUAUAUCAAUAAAAGUAAGUAUUAGAUUUUAAUGUUGAAAAUCCUGAUUUGAAUCCAAAAGAAUUUUAAAUAAUUUUUAAUAUUUAAACUUAAUUAAUAGUAAUGAAACAUCAUUAAUAUUUCUAUUUUUUUAGAAAUAAUGUGGAUGAUUGGAAAUUUUAAUAAGUAUGUUAACCUUUAGAAUGUCAAAAAGAAGUUUGUUUUUUUAAUAUUUCAAAUGAUGGAAAAUAUUUAAUUGUGUGGAUUUAGCAUCCUUUAUUAAGAUUUAGAGUAUAUGAGUUGAUAUAUAGUAAUAUGUAUUGA